UUUAGGCUUACUGAGUUUGGGGAAAAGACAAGAGUUAAACAAGGGAGGGGUGAAAAAUGAGAACAGCUGGCUGAGUACGAAUUAGGCGUGGUUUUCAAUUCCUUCCGUAUGCUCUCUGAGGGUCUUUAGAUCUCAGAAAAGACAGGAAAACACAGCCGAAAGUGUGGAGUCAGCCUAGCUCAACCAAAUCAGCUUUAAGUUGACGAGAGGAACACUCAAACAUGGCAACUCUCAGCAGUAAUGAUGAGGAGAACUUGGAGGAGAGCCAACAAGACACAGACGUAAAGGAGGAGCCGACCACCGAGACGUCCGACACGCUGCUCCCAGAAGACGUAUUAUGUGACUCCUGCAUGGACGCCCCAAGCAAAGCUCUGAAAUCCUGCCUGACCUGUCUGGUUUCUUACUGCGAGGCUCACCUCAGACCCCAUGUGGAGAACGCCAAAUUUCAAAACCACCGUCUGGUGGAUCCCCUCCACGACAUCGACUGUCGGACCUGUGAGGUUCAUCAGCUCCCCCUCGAGCGCUUCUGUCUGAUGGAUGGCUGCUGUGUGUGUCUGGACUGUGAGAGGCAGGAGCACGAAGGGCACGCGACUGCAUCUGUGGGGGAGGCACGGACGCAGAUUGAGACUGAGCUUCAGAAGAAACAAGAAGAGAUCAGUCAGAGAGCCUCAGCAACUGAAAAAGCAAUUGGAAAGCUACAGAGCAACAAUGACGUAAUUAAGUCUUCAGUGCAGGAGGUUUGUGUUACAGUUGAGCAGCAGUUUGCCAGGCUGCAGACCGCCAUACAGGAAGCCAGAAAAGGGGUGGUGGAGUUGCUGGAGGCAGAGCAGAGUCAGGCCCUCAGACAGGCAGAGAGCAUCCAGACACAUCUGGAGCAGAGGAGAACAGAGCUGAUGAAAACCGCAGCUCAGAUGAACAAACUGUCCAAGGGCAAGUCCGACGUCGACUUCCUGCAGGAAUACUCCGAGUGGAAGAAAGGAGUGGCUGAUGUGUGUCUGCCUAGUCCGUACGUCAACCGCAUGGACCAUCUGACCUCUUAUGUCCAAGUGGUGACUGAUGCUACACAGGAGCUGUGUGACCUGAUCGUCUCCUCCUACAAGGACAAACUGAAAUGUGUCUGUAAAAGUGGUACUAAAUCCCAGAUGCCAGAAUCUCAACCUUCAUCCCUGCCUGAUCCUGAGACGCGAGAGGACUUUUUGAAAUACACAAGGAGUCUGACCUUUGACCCAGACACCACCCAUCGCUUCCUGCGUGUAACGGAGGACAACAGGAAGCUGACCAACACCAGCCCCUGGCAGCACAGCUACCCAGAACACCCUGGUCGCUUCGAAUACUGGCGCCAGGCGAUGACUUCCGACAGCCUCUACCUGGGGAGGCACUACAUCGAGGCAGAGCUGAGUGGGGAGGGGGCACACAUGGGCGUCACGUACAAGAGCAUCGAUCGUAAGGGGGAGCAAAGCACCAGCUGCAUCACCGGGAACGACUUCUCCUGGUGCGCGGGGAGGAACAGCCGAGGCUUCUUCUCCUGGCACGCUGGCGUGGAGACGCUCUUGGACGCCACGGGUGUCACAAGAGUUGGCUUGUAUGUGGACUUUCAUCGAGGCUCUUUGUGUUUUUAUGAUGUAACCGGUUCUAUGAGGCCGCUCCACACGUACACGGCUGAUUUCAUGGAGCCUUUAUACCUUACAGCCUGGCUGUCAAAGAAAGACAAUGUAGUUUCUCUGAUUGAUUCAAAGUGACACCACAAUGAUUAUCUGCCUUGACUGCAAAAGAAAGAUGAGUGUGUUAUUAUAGGUGUUUGUUGAGGUUACAUAACAAGUUAUAAACCUGUGCAGCAGUACAGUAGGUGUGUUGGGAACAUAUUGCACCUUUAUUGCUCUUGAAUGUGAUAUGAAUGAGGAAACAAAGUACACAACUGUCUGCCAACAAUUCUUUUAUUUGUCUUACAAGCGCAUUUGCUGAAUGAUUAUGAAGCUAUUAGAGGAUUUAUUGUUUAUGUAAAAUUAUCAAGUUAACACAAAAGUACUCGUUAACAUCCUUAAAGUUCACAACUUCAGGCAUUGAAAUCAGU